AUGUCCAGUGCGGAGCAGCCAAACGCGGCUUCGGGCGGGUUCUCUGGGACUCCACAGGGGCCGGUUUCCGUUCCGGGGAAUGUCCUUGCAGAGCUGCCCUCACCUCGACGGUGCCCACGCGAAGAUGGGCAGGCUGGCGCCGCCGCUGCUGCAGGGGACGCGGCGCGCGGGACUCUGUCGCGCCCCUCUCAGACCCUGGAUUCUCCACGGGCCCCACCCCCAGGUGAACUGGCUCGGACGCCUGAGCGUCCCUGGCCGAAGAAGGGGAUUGGUGCACCGGGGGGCGGGUUUGGGCGCCGAGAGGAUAAAGGCGCUGCGCCCCAGGGGCCGGAUGAGGCUUCUGCUCGCGGUGCUUGGAUUUCGGGCCACGUGCUGCUCCAGCUCCAGCGCCGCAGCGCAGCAUCUCUGGGCGGCUGCGUCGGAAGGGUACUUGCAGAGAAAGUGCCAGUGGUCAUUAGGAUGCUGCGGCAAGCUGUGUGCCAGGUGCUGCAGGGCACUGCCUGCUGCUGUCGGACGGCUGCCCUGCCGGGCCGGGUCCUGGGCCCCUCCUCUUGGCCAGUUCCGGCAGAUGCCAACUUCCACUCUGCCUCUUUCUCUGAAACAGACCAGCCACGCAUCCUAAUUACAGGGGGCCUUGGCCAGCUGGGCGUGGGGCUUGCUAACACCCUGAGGAAACGAUUUGGGAAGGACAAUGUGAUUUUGUCUGACAUACGGAAACCCUCUGAUCACAUCUUCCGUAGUGGCCCAUUUAUUUAUUCCGACAUCCUGGAUUACAAGAAUCUUAGAGAGACGGUGGUAAACCACCGCAUCACCUGGUUGUUUCAUUAUAGCGCUCUGCUCAGUGCAGUUGGAGAAGCAAACGUAUCCUUGGCAAGAGCCGUAAAUAUCACAGGAUUGCAUAAUAUUCUGGACGUGGCCACAGAACACAACUUGCGAUUGUUCGUGCCCAGCACGAUCGGAGCUUUUGGACCCACGUCUCCCCGGAACCCAACCCCUGAUCUCUGCACCCAGAGACCCAGGACGAUCUAUGGGGUGUCCAAAGUCCACGCGGAGCUCAUCGGAGAAUAUUAUUAUUACCGGUAUGGGUUAGAUUUUCGAUGCUUGAGAUAUCCUGGCAUCAUUUCAGCUGACUCCCAACCUGGAGGCGGAACAACUGACUACGCAGUCCAGAUUUUCCAUGAUGCUGUAAAGCACGGCAAAUUCGAGUGCAACCUGAAACCCAGCACGAGGCUCCCGAUGAUGUACAUUGAUGACUGUCUCAGGGCCACCCUGGAAGUCAUGGAGGCCCCGGCAGAGUCCCUGUCCAUGAGGACCUACAAUGUCAACGCCAUGAGCUUCUCCCCUGAGGAACUGGCCCAGGAGGUCCUGAAGCACGUACCGGAAUUCCAGAUCACCUACAACGUGGAUUCUGUUCGACAGGCCAUAGCCGACAGUUGGCCAAUGAACUUUGAUGACAGCAAUGCUCGGAAGGACUGGGGAUGGAAACAUGAUUUCGAUCUUCCAGAGUUGGUGACGACCAUGUUGAACUUCCAUGGGUUCGAUACCAGAGUUGCUCAAGCUAACUGAAAGCCUCAACAGGAAGAGCUCGUGCAUCCUGGACAGCUGUCAAGAGGAGACAGUAGUGACCCUAAGGUUAUAGACCCCUAAGAACCUAGAUUAUUGGAGUCGGAGGCCUCAUUGGACUAAAUUUUGGCAGCUCACAUUGAACUGCCAGAUGGAGACUUGUGUUGGCUUUAGCAUUUUCACAGUGCUGUCGGUUAGGUGGUAGGACUUCUAAAGCUUUGCUGUCUGUCUAAACUUGUCCAAACACACAGAAUGUGUCACAGAAUGAAGACUGAAGUCAUAACAGUUUCUAUUUCCUUAAUUAAAAUGAAGUGACCAUUUCUGGAAAGGUGGAAGUAUGUGAUGUUUUUGUUUAAUUAAAUUUAAUUUAAAUACCA